CAACCCCCAUCUGUUGGAACCAGGGCAAAGGCUGCCCUAGACGCUACACAGGGAAUGACUUUUCCCCGGUAUCAUUCACCUGUUUCUCCGACGCUUACUGCUCAGUGUCUGAUUCACAAUAGGCGCUCAAUAAAACAUUAUUGUCCUGAAUUAAAUUCCCGGGGAAGGCGCGCCCUCGGGGACUUCGGUACUUCAGGCCCCGCCCACCACUCCCCUGGGGUUCCAGGCCACCGCGCCGUUGCCAUGGCAGCAGGGGGAGCGCGGCUGACGUGCGGCGGUGUUUCCGGGAAGAUGGCGGCUGUCGAAGCGGCUGCAGAGCCGGUAACGGUGGUGGCGGCUGUUGGGCCAAAGGCGAAAGACGAAGAGGAGGAGGAAGAGGAGCCGCUGCCCCCGUGCGAGGCGGUGCGCUGGGCCCCAGUGGGGGCGGUGGCGGAGGCCCGGCCUGGGGCAACCGCGUUUUUAGAAGAGGCGACGGCCGAGGAGCCUGGCGCGGCCCCGGGCUCCCCGCCGGAUUCGCCGGGCCGGACGCUGCGGCGGCUGCGGGCAGAGCGGCGGCGGCUGGACUCGGCGCUGCUGGCGCUGUCCUCGCACUUCGCGCAGGUGCAGUUCCGCCUGCGCCAGGUGGUGCGCGGGGCGCCGGCGGAGCAGCAGCGCCUUCUGCGGGAGCUUGAAGACUUCGCCUUCCGCGGCUGCCCUCACGUCCUAGGUUACGAAGGGCCCGGCGACCCCGCCAGCGAUGAGGGCGAUGGGCUGCCCGGGGACCGGCCACGGUUGCGGGGCGAGGACCAGAGUGAGCAGGAAAAGCAAGAGCGUCUGGAAACCCAAAGGGAGAAGCAGAAAGAACUGAUACUGCAGCUCAAGACCCAGCUAGAUGACCUGGAAACGUUUGCCUAUCAAGAGGGCAGUUAUGACUCGCUGCCACAGUCCGUGGUGUUGGAAAGACAGCGGGUGAUCAUAGAUGAGUUAAUAAAGAAACUGGACAUGAAUCUGAAUGAGGACAUCAGUUCCCUGUCCACUGAAGAGCUUCGUCAGCGUGUAGAUGCAGCAGUGGCUCAGAUCGUCAACCCAGCCCGAGUCAAAGAACAGUUGGUUGAGCAACUGAAAACUCAGAUCCGAGACCUUGAGAUGUUUAUCAACUUCAUCCAAGAUGAAGUGGGAAGCCCCUUGCAGACAGGUGGUGGACACUGUGAGUGCAAGGCCGGUGGGAAGACAGGAAAUGGCUGCAGCAGAACAGGCAGCAGCAGAACGCCUCCAGGAAACAGCAAAACAGCAAAGGCAGAGGAUGUGAAGAAAGUCCGGGAGACGGGGCUGCACCUGAUGCGGCGAGCGCUGGCCGUGCUCCAGAUCUUUGCUGUUAGCCAGUUUGGUUGUGCCACAGGUCAGAUCCCUCCAACCCUGUGGCAGAGGGGCCAGGCUGACAGAGACUACUCUCCCUUGCUGAAGAGGCUGGAGGUGUCAGUGGACAGAGUGAAGCAGCUAGCCUUGAGGCAGCAGCCACAUGACCAUGUCAUCACCUCUGCCAACCUCCAGGACCUCUCUCUGGGAGGCAAGGAUGAGCUGACUAUGGCUGUGCGGAAGGAGCUAACGGUGGCUGUGAGGGACCUGCUGGCCCAUGGACUGUAUGCCUCCUCCCCAGGGAUGAGCCUUGUUAUGGCUCCUAUUGCUUGUUUGCUGCCAGCCUUCUCCUCGGCCCCAGAGGCCAUGCACCCGUGGGAGCUCUUUGUAAAGUACUACCAUGCUAAGAACGGCCGUGCUUAUGUGGAAUCCCCAGCCCGGAAGCUCUCCCAGUCCUUCGCCCUUCCUGUUACGGGAGGCACUGUUGUCACCCCCAAACAGAGCCUACUGACAGCCAUCCACAUGGUGCUGACAGAGCAUGACCCUUUUAAGCGCAGUGCAGACUCAGAAUUGAAGGCCUUGGUGUGCAUGGCACUGAAUGAGCAGCGUCUGGUGUCCUGGGUGAACCUCAUCUGCAAGUCCGGGUCACUCAUCGAGCCUCACUACCAGCCCUGGAGCUACAUGGCACACACAGGCUUUGAGAGUGCCCUCAACCUGCUCAGUCGCCUCAGCAGCCUCAAGUUUAGCCUCCCUGUAGAUCUGGCUGUGCGCCAGCUCAAAAACAUCAAAGAUGCCUUUUGAUGAGAGUGCCCUAACCCCAGACAAGCUCCUUGUUCAGUAGGGAUAGAUGUGCUAGUCUUCUAGCAUAGGAGCAAGGAAUCAGAGGUGGGGUUAAAGGCAUUUUUCCCAGACCCUGCUCAGGCAGUCGGCCAAAUGAGUGCAAAGUCUGUUUUCCCCACCAACUUAGCUCUCGGAAAGAUGUGCUGGAGGGACCCUCUUGUUAAGAAGGUUCUGCCAGGCCGGGCGUGGUGGCUCACACCUGUAAUCCCAGCACUUUGGGAGGCUGAGGUGGGCGGAUCACAAGGUCAGGAGUUCGAGACCAUCCUGUCUAACACGGUGAAACCCCAUCUCUACUAAAAAUACAAAAAAAUUAGCCGGACAUGGUGGCAGGCGCCUGUAGUCCCAGCUACUCGGGAGGCUGAGGCAGGAGAAUGGCGUGAAGCCAGGAGGCGGAGCUUGCAGUGAGCUGAGAUCGCGCCACUGCACUCCAGCCUGGGCGACAAGAGUGAGACUCCGUCUCAAAAAAAAAAACGAAGGUUGUACCCACAGUAUACGUGUGGGCACUUGUGCUUGAGCCUGUAUUAAAGGAAUCAGGCCAGGCACAGUGGCUUCACGCCUGUAAUCUCAGCACAUUGGGAGGCUGAGGUGGGCGGAUCACCUGAGGUCAGGAGUUCAAGACCAGCCUGGCCAACAUGGUGAAACCCCAUCUCUACUAAAAAUAACAAAAAUUAGCUAGGCGGGGUAGUGCACGCCUGUAAUCCCAGCUACUCAGGAGGCUGAGGCCGGAGAAUCGCUUGAGCCCGAGAGGUGGAGAUUGCAGUAAGCCAAGAUCAUGCCACUGCACUCCAGCCUGGGCAACACAGGGAGACUCCAUCUCAAAAAAAAAAAAAAAAAAAAGACAUUCAACUUGAGGCUCCUGUUAGUUAAGCUAUCUUCUUUCACUUGAAGCAGGUUUGAGAGGCCUAGGCCAGAAUUUAAAUUCCUUUUAUGAAUAGAUUUCCCUUUCUUCCUGACCCCAAGGUCAGAGGAGACUAUAUAUUCCAUGGCUGCCUCUAAGACUAGGAAUAGGAAUAUCUGAAAACAGCAUUUCUAAGGGUGGUAACCACAGGUCGAUUUUAAUACGAGUCCUUUUUCUUGUAGAGGUAAGUAAAAUCUUCCUGACAAGGUAGUCCUCUUUUCACGGCACAGACAAUGGGCUUUCUGUUUAUGAGGGGUGAGAAGCGAUGUUUGUUAUUAUGUUCUCCAGCAAGUAAACAUUCCUCUGCUCACCUCCCAACAAGACUAACAGUCUUUUUAGAAGUAAAUAUAUUCAAGACAAACGAGAAAAUCCUGGCUACCCAAGUCGAGUAUAUACAGGAAUACAAAUCGGUAACCAGCAGCUGUUCCUCAGAUUGUGACUCACUGAGCACCACUUGUCCUGGAGGCUGGAUGAUGGAGGACAUCUGGUUAUAGGUACUGUAGCAGGGAUAGGUGCCACAGGAGGAUAGGAACUACAGCAGAUCGCUGUUUCCAGAACGGGGAGGAGUAUCUCAUUGUGAAACAGACUCUAGAGUGGUUCCAUUUGGUCUUCAGUGUUUUAGCCUCAUUAGUUCAUAUUUGGCAUGCAGCUUGUGGUGAGUACUGUUCUAGGACUGGCCAAAAAUGGGCAAAAUGUAUCACUCCAAACACUACUGAUUCAGCAUUGUUUUCAUGUCUUAAAAUUGCCACCUGCACUUUGUUUCUGCACUAUUAUGUAGUGCAUUUUAACUUAAAUUUUUUCCAGCAACAUGUUACUUAUUUAAGAUACAUUACUGAUAUUUCAUUAUAAUUAGUUCACCUUCCCUGUGAAACAAGAGAAUUGUAAAAUGUUGUGGAAAAUGAUACAUAUGUGGAUGCUAUUGAAAUCAUAGUAUUUUGUGUAGCUUCUCUGAAGACCUUAGAGACCUGCAGCUUUGGUUUAUAAGUGUUUGGGCCUUAUCAGCCCAUCUGAUCCAGAUCAAUAUUUUUUUGAAAACU